GAACACUUCACGCCGGAGUGUAAGUUUAAGGAGUGUGUAUUUGAGAACUACUACGUGACCUACUCGUCCAUCCUGUACAGACAGACCCAGUCGGGGCGAGCCUGGUACAUCGGCAUCAACCGGGACGGACAGGUCAUGAAGGGGAACCGCGUCAAGAAGACCAAGGGAGCUGCUCACUUCCUGCCCAAACUCAUUGAAGUGGCCAUGUACAGGGAGCCCUCUCUACACGAUGUUGCGGAGCAGAGUCCGCCCAGGAAAACGCCCAAGACCUCCAGUGACUCACCUGUGCUCCAGAACGGCAAGAAGGACCCUCAAUCCAAAACCAAAACCUCCUCCUCCUAGCGCUCAGAGACACGGGAGGGAGGAGUUGGGGGGCGGGGGACACGGGGCACAGGCCACUGGGCACCAGCGGAAACCUGAAUAGGGUUGUUAGGGCUAAACCCCCCCACACCUGCUGCCUGCAACACUGCACUGUAAAGUUGAAGAAAAGGAGCAGGUCUGGGCAGAGUGGAGCUGGCCAAUGGGAAGCCCCUUUUACCUUCAUAGACUCCCCCACCCCCAGACCCACAUCUACACCAGCCCUCCACCUUCUUAUUUAAUAACCUCUGUGAUUAUCAGAGCCUGGGAUUUAAAAGCAAUAACUCCAUGAAGAGGUGAACAGUCGCCUAGCAUCGUAUAGCAUGUCACUGCAGCGUGUUUAACCAGCUGGAAGGAAAUCCCACACGUCCACUAGAUAUCAUCAGCGACAACCUUCCAGUCAACCAAAUAUCUGAGCAAAAGUCUUCCUGGUUUUACCACAAAGGGUGCAAUGGUCAAAUCCGUCCCUCUGCAGCACACAAUUUACAAAUGGGUUGUGUUUUUAUUUCCCUGUGGGGUUCCAUGCUAAUGUUAGCCUGACACAGAGCCAUGCAAAUGCGAUGCUGUCACAGAGACCCUUGCAGACUUUUGUUCUGCAGCCAUCUGCUCAGUCCACAUCUUCUGUGUGUGUCAGCGACUUUGUGAGAUGGCCUGGAUACUUGUCAGCCUUGUUUGUGUAUGUAUGUGUGUGUGCGUGUGUGUGUGUGUGUGUUCCCUUCUUCUUCCAUUCACCUUUGGUGCGAUUUGAUUAGUUUGUGACAUGGACUCAAUUUUCCACUCGGCGGCACAAGAAAACCCCUCCCGUCCUCUCUGGCUCUGCUAAUGGAGUCUGGGGCUGAUCAGAAUCUUUCGACCCUUAAACGAGGGGCCAAGAGCUCCCUCAGCACCUCGCAUAACCACACACACACUCAUUAUUACACUGACAUUUACACACACGCAUGUAGGUGUGUGU